UUUUCUUCCGUGUCGCUGCUGUCACUGAAAUAAAUGGCUUCUCUGGACAGAAUAAAAGUGCUAGUUUUAGGAGAUUCCGGGGUGGGCAAAUCUUCCUUGGUCCAUCUUCUUUGCCAGAAUCAGGUGUUGGGAAAUCCAUCAUGGACUGUUGGUUGCUCUGUGGAUGUACGGGUGCACGACUAUAAAGAGGGAACUCCGGAGGAGAAAACCUUCUAUAUUGAACUGUGGGAUGUCGGAGGAUCUAUUGGCAGUGCCAGUAGUGUCAUUAGCACCAGAGCAGUCUUCUAUAAUUCAGUUAAUGGAAUUAUAUUGGUACAUGAUUUGACAAAUAAGAAAUCCUCUCAGAAUCUUUACCGCUGGUCACUAGAAGCUUUGAACAAGGAUUCCUCUCCAACAGGAGUCAUUGUCUCAAAUGGUGACUAUGAUAGAGAACAGUUUGCUGAAAAUCCUGUGCCUUUGUUGCUGAUUGGCACCAAGUUUGACCAGAUACCAGACAACAAGCGUAAUGAUGUUCUCACACGAACAGCCUUCCUCUCUGAAGACUUCAAUGCAGAGGAGAUCAAUCUUGACUGCACGAACCCGAGAUACCUUGCAGCAGGCACAUCAAAUGCAGUGAAGCUAAGCAGGUUCUUUGAUAAGGUUAUAGAAAAGAGAUAUUUCACAAGGGAUCCAAGUCAGAUGACAGGUUUCACUGACAGAAAACGGUUCAACUUCAAGAGUUUGCACUAUGACUGAUGAUGCAUGAAUGCUACAGCGAUGGUUUGGGGUUUUAUCAUCCAUUCAGUCUAAACACAUUUACAGUUUGCAUUAAAGAAGGACUUUAAGAGUAAAAUGUUUUGAAAUGACAUGAGCACUAUAUUUAUGUGUGCAUAGUGAGACUUUCCAUUGAAUUACAAUACAAUUUCAAGCAUUCUUCUUCAGUUUUUAAUGCAAAAAACCCCAAAGCCUUGAUAUCUGAUAAUCAAUAAAAGAAAUGAACAGAUUUUUGCCCACUGCA